AUGAGUAGUACCGGUGGAGCGAUAACAAAGCAAGCUUUCGGCCGACAUGGAUUCAUUGGUAGUUUAUAUGAUAUUCGUAGUGAUCGAUUUGAAGGUGGCAAUUUAUUUAAUCGGCCAUUGGAAUCAUCAAUGAUAUUAACAGCUGAUUCUGCUAGCUCAGAUUAUAUUGUUGAUGAAAAUAUAUCUCAAAAAGAUACGUUCAAUAAACUUAACAUAGAAGCCUCUAUGAAAUUAAGUUUAAUGGCUGGACUCAUUCAACUUGAAGGAUCGGCAAAGUAUUUAAAUCAGACGAAGACUGAUAGUCGAACAGUUCGAGUUACAUUUAUGCUAAAUUUAAAAACAAAACAAGAACAUUUACAGAUAAGCAGAGCGGAUUUAUACCAGUAUUUUUCAUCAGAUGCUCUAGAAAAUCGAAAUGCAACACAUUGUGUUAUUAGUAUUAUAUGGGGAGCAAGAGUUGCAGCAACGUUUGAAGAAAUUAUGACCAAUUCAGAAGCAGCUGAAGAGCUUCAAGGUCGUCUAGCAGUAUCAUUAAAAAAGGUUGCUAUUCAAGUGAGUGGAGAAGCUAGUUUGGAACACAAUAAUAAAGGAAAUGCUAAAUUUGAAUCAUUGAAAAUUAGCUUUUCUGGUGAUAUUUUAAUACAAGAUAUUCCACAUACCAUCGAGGAUGUGUUCAAUAUAUUUAAAAAAGUACCAACUCUAUUGGAAAAUCUAAAUGAUGGAAAAGGACAACAGUUAGAAUUUGAAUUAUAUCCAUUAGAACGAAUGGCAGAAAUUUUCAAACAUGAAUUACGCAUUGAACGAAUGAUCAAAGAAGUUACCAAUAGUGUAGUGAAUCGUAUUGAAAAUAUUUUUGAACAAAUUAUUCAGGGAAAGCGAAUGAUGAACGAUUUUCUUAGUACAAUUGAACCGUGGAAAAAUUGGAUUUGUUCAAAUUGGAUUGAAGUAAUUUAUGAUCGACAAAAGCACUUAGCAGGCAUCGAACUAGAAACGCAACGUCGACUUGCAUCAUUACUUGAAAGUAUUCGUCGUGGUGAAGCUGAUGAAAAAGUAAUGGUUGAAUUGUUGGACAGAUUCGAACAGGAAAAUCCAUGUUCUGUUAUGUCAGUUAAAAAAUUUCUCCAAUCUAACGCGCGUAUUGGGACUAAAAUUGAAUCGCUCAGUGAAUUUGAUCAACACGUACUAGAUGGCGCACAUGAAAAAACUUCUAAAAUACCAAAUCCAACAAUACUUUUAAAGACGUUUAGAUCGAUCGAUGAUUUUAUUCAAAAACAUUAUGACGACAAUACUUAUUUAUUACACAUUUCUAAUACAUGGGAAGAGCAAGAUAAAGCAAAUUGGUAUAAACAGUUGCGAUGCUUUAAAUAUUUAUAUAAACUUGGAAAGAAAGAUGAAGCAAAAAAAGACAUUUUUUGUGUGAUCGAUCAUGAUUUACAUGUGGGUUUGGAUCAAAAGCCUAAUAGUUGUGUUAUUUAUCAUGCCUAUCGAGGUACUAUUACGACAAAAGAUUACUACCAAAGCUCGCUAAUACAAUUAUCCUGGCAACAAAUACAAGACAUUAGAGUGGAGAAUAAAUUCUCGACAUUGAGCAAUACAGACAUUGAAAAGUGGCAUAAAGAAUUUAUCGAAUCACAUCCCAAUGGUGAAAUGAAUGAAAAACAAUGGAUAGAUGAAUUUCAAAAACUUUAUCCAAAUGGUGACCCACGAUACUUCUGUCAUAUUGCAUUUUCAAUAAUCGAUAAAAAUCAUAAUGGGUUAAUUAGUUUUACUGAAUUUAUGUCAGCAAUUUCUUUAACGCUGCCAAGUAAUAUGCAACAAAAACUAACAUUGAUUUUCGCAAUAUGUGCUCAUGAUAAAGACGAAGUUGAUAAAAAUGAAUUGAUUGAAUUCUUGGAAGCAGUGAAUCAAUUGGAAAGUCGAACAGAAUCAAGUGGUGGAAGCGGGACAAACUUGAUUGUUAACAAUAUUAUGAAAUUUCUUAAGCGAAAAAGCAAUGAAAAGAUUAUGAGAGAAGAAUUCAUCAAUUGUCUGAAGGCAAAUUACGAAUGGUGUAGGGCAUUCUUACCUGUUUCACCAAAAUUGCCGAAUUCGCUACACCAUCAAUCAGAUGAAAAUCUCACAAAAUCGCCAUGUAGAUGGAAAUCACAAUGCCGCUUACGUACUGAUCAUUCUCAUUGCGAUCACUUUUAUCAUCCUGGUGAUCAACAACAUGAAAGUCAUCAACAAGGAAGUGCUUCACGUACACCAUGUGAAUGGGGUUCCGAUUGUAAUGAUCAAAGACAUGAACAUAGAGCAAACUUUUCGCAUCCUCACGAUGACAAACGGCAAGAUCAAAAACGAAAACGCUGUUUUUAUGGUGUCAACUGUCUUAAACAAUUUUCAGACAAGGGUCAUCAUCACAAUUUAAAAUACUCACAUCCAUGUCGAUUUGCUGAAUUAUGUGGACAUCCAGAAGAACAUUUAACGCACGAACCUCAACAAGUAUCGAAUUGUAAAUACGACAAGAGUUGCAGAAAUUUAGGCGAUCCCAUGCAUCGAUCAAAGUAUCGUCAUACUGAUCUUCCGUAUUUUCUCAUACCCUGUCAGGACCAAGAUAAAUGCCACGACACAUCGAAUGAACAUCGCAGCGAAUAUUCGCAUGGUGAAGAAGUUUUCGAAACGAAUGCUAGAACAGAGGAUAGCAAUCGUGAUCGAUUAACACAGUGCAAAUGGGGUUCGCAAUGUCGUCAUAUUACAGAUGCAGAUCAUUGUAGAAUGUAUUCUCAUUUAUCCGACAAUCAACAUCGAAAUGAUCGUCUUGUUCCUUGCCAAUGGAAAGGAAAGUGUCAUGAUCACAGCAGUUAUCAUCGAGCUAAAUUUUCGCAUCCCUCGACUUAA